UUUGGGGAGAAAAAGGAAAAAUAAAAUCUUUAAAAAAAAAAAGAGAAAUUUUGCUGUGAAGGGGAGGUACGAGAAUAGGUAGAUGGGACUUUAGGGUCAGAAGAUGGUUGCAUUUUGUUGUUGUUGUUUUUGUGUUUUUUAAGAUAGAACUAAAAAUUGUUAGAGUGUUGCUAGAAGGGAGCCACUGCAGAGGGAGAGGCUAAAAAUGCAGGAGAGAGAUGGGGCAUCUGAUGGCUCAGGCUCUCUGAGAGUGCAAGAGGAGCUUGAGGUCCAGCACACAUGGAGGAAAUGGCCUUUGGCAGGAGAAGGGACACUUGCUUUAUUGCAGCAAGAGGGAAGGAGGACAGGGCAGGUGCAGGCAGCCGGGUUAAAUUUGGAGGGUGACAUAUUUCUUGUCUAAUGUGUGAGAGUAUGAAGUCAUGGGCAAGUUAGUCUGCUGCAAUUGAGGGGAAGAAUGGAAUUUAGAAGUUCGUUGAGAGUUAAGGAGAUUUGAGAUAAUUGUUGUAAGAAGAGCGGACGAAUGAGCUGUCUGGAGCAUUGCCGUCCAGAAAAAUAGAAUGCAAGCGACAUAGGGAAUUUAAAAUUUGCUAGUAGCCACGUUAAGAAACAAAAAGGAAGUUGGAAUUAGGAAUGUAUUUUACUUAACAAUAUCCAAACUAUUAUUUCAACACGAAAGCAACAUACAAAAAUUAUGAGUGAGCUAUUUUACCAUCCGUGCGCAAAGUCUUUGAAAUCCAAUGUCUCUUUUACACUUAGAGCACAGUUUGGCCUGGCCGCAUUUCAGGUGCUCAGCAGCCUCGUGUUGCUAGUGGCUGCUGUAUUGGACAGCGCAGAUCUAGAGGGACACUGACCGCUGAGCAGUGUUCAGGUCCCAGCUGUAGUGAGCAACCAUGUGUUUAGAGUGGUGCACGUCUGCCCAGUUGUGAGUUUUUUCUCCAGCCAUUCUUAACAGUUUGAAGGCAGCCAAAGAGAAGGCAUUAAUUCAUUCCAAAAAAGCUAUUACAAUUCCAGCUCGAUGCUGGAGCUGCAGUAGUAUAUAAGACGGACAAAGUCGGCUGGAGCCUCUCUGAACUGGGAGUCAGCUUGAAGCACUCACUCUGCUUAGAGCUGAGAGCUCAAAGAAGUCGUAGCUAGGUUUCCAUGCAUCUCACAGUGACUUCAGGAGGAAGGCCUGGAUGGAAGCUUUGGAUGCCUCCACUGAAGAUGAGAUCCCGGGGCCGGGGGCUUGGCUUAGAGGUUUUCCCUAUAGGAAUAAAAUGGAAGGAGAAUCAAGCGGAUUGGAAAUCCACAGUCCAGUUUUUGAUAAGAAAAAGAAAAAGUAUUCUGUAUAUAAGAAAAGACAUCGGAGGCGUUCCCAUGAAAGUUUCAGAGACUCCCCGCUGGCGAAUGAACAGCCUCACGUACCUAAGAGUGAAAAAAGGAGAAAGGAUUCCUGGCAUCUCGUUUCUUCUUUGGAAAAAUCGGAAAUCUGUGAUGAGACUGAAAAGGCUACUUCUAUACCCAAGAAGAAAAAAAAGAGAAGAGAUCAUGCUUUAGGGAUAGAUGAAGAAAAAGAUGUUGUGUGUGUCCUAGUGGAUAAAAAAAAAAUCAAGAGCACGCCAGAAAACUUUAGAAGAGAUGUCGAUGUCAUCUACGUUGACGUGAGCGAGAAACAAAAGUCUAGCAAAGAGCCUGAAGCAGAUGAACCACUUUCAGUUACUAAGUCACGUAAAAAUGAGUCAGAAGGACUGCACAAUGAAGUUAGGGAAAAAAAGAACAAAAAACGUCGGAGGAAAGUUGAAUCUUGUGACGCCCUAGAGGAAAGCUUAUGUGCGAGCAUCGCCCCACCCCAAUCGGAAUCACACGAGCAGGAAUCCCUGCCUUCUGCAGACCUAGAAGGUGAAAUCACACAACUACCAGCAUCUGCUGGUAAAAAGAAGUCUAAGAAAAAAAAGAGAAAAAUUUCAGAUGACCAGGAAUUUGAGGUAUUGGCUGUGCCCGAGAGUCCUGAGAACACGUGCUCUGAGGCAUUGCCGCUGGUCGGUGAGGUCGAGACUGCAGAAGGCAGGGAGAAGGCCCACAAGGUGAAGAAAAAGUCCAAGAAGAGGAAGCGAAGGUCGUCUGUUGACAGUGCCGUCGCAUCUGGUGAUCUUUCCGUGCUCACUGCGGGCUUUGACGACACACCCUUUGAUUCACCGGAAGGUAAUGGUACCUUGAUGGAAGAAAGUGCGAGCCCCAGGCCACAAGAGGAGAAAACAGAGGCCUGUUCCGGAGAGGUGCACAGGUUAGAACCUACAAGUGAACAAGAAAGCAAUUUGGAAUCGGCUAAAGAUUCUGAGACAAAGUAUUUAUCUGAAGAUUCGAGAGAUUCUGUUGAUUCUGAUGUGGAUUUGGAUUCUGCCGUGAAGCAGCUCCAAGAGUUCAUUCCUGACAUCAGGGAGCGGGCGGCCACCACAAUCAAGCGCCUGUAUCGGGAUGACUUGGGACGGUUUAAAGAAUUUAAAGCGCAGGGUGUCGCUAUUAAAUUUGGCAAGUUUUCUGUAAAGGAAAAUAAGCAGUUAGAGAAAAACGUGCAAGAGUUUCUAUCCCUGACAGGAAUUGAGAAUGCAGACAAGCUUCUGUACACAGACAGAUACCCAGAGGAGAAAUCCAUGAUCACCGAUUUAAAAAGAAAAUACUCAUUUAGAUUGCACAUUGGUAAGGGCAUUGCCCGGCCCUGGAAACUCGUAUACUAUCGAGCAAAGAAGAUGUUCGAUGUCAAUAAUUACAAAGGCAGGUAUAGCAAAGGAGAUGCCGAGAAACUAAAGAUAUACCAUUCCCUCCACGGGAACGAUUGGAAAAAGAUCGGUGAGAUGGUGGCUCGGAGCAGCCUCUCCGUUGCGCUCAAGUUCUCCCAGAUCAGCAGCGAAAGAAAUCGUGGUGCUUGGAGUAAGACGGAAACCCAGAAACUCAUCAAGGCUGUUGAAGAAGUGAUUCUAAAGAAGAUGUCUCCCCGGGAGUUAAAAGAGGUGGAUUCUAGACUCCAAGAAAAUCCUGAAAGCUGCCUGUCAAUUGUUCGGGAAAAACUCUACAAGGGCAUAUCCUGGAUAGAAGUGGAAGCUAAAGUAGAAACCAGAAACUGGAUGCAGUGUAAAAGUAAGUGGACGGAAAUUCUGACCAAGAGGAUGACAAAUGGUCGGGACGUAUACCGUGGAGUUAAUGCCCUGCAGGCCAAAAUCAACCUUAUUGAAAGAUUGUAUGAAAUAAAUGUGGAAGAUGCUAAUGAAAUAGACUGGGAAGAUCUUGCUAGUACCAUAGGUGAUGUUCCUCCAUCAUAUGUUCAAACUAAAUUUUAUAAGCUGAAAGCUACCUGUGUUCCCUUUUGGCAGAAGAAGACUUUUCCAGAGAUUAUAGACUACCUUUAUGAGACCAGUCUACCGUUGCUUAAAGAAAAGUUAGAGAAGAAGCUGGAGAGAAAAGGGACUAAAGUGCAGGCUCCUGCAGCCCCCAGGCAAGUCUUCCUGUUCAGAGACAUCUUCCAUUGCGACGACGACAGUGACGGAGAAGACGUAGAUGACAGAAGUUAAGCGGAUGAUCCUGAUGUCCAUUUUUCUAGGUUUGGUGGUUAUAUACAUGGGUCAGCAAAGCUAUUUUCAGUAUCACUGUUGAUUAAAGAAGGUCCAGUGGCCAAAGGAAGGGCGUGAAAAUGACAGCUUAUAUUGUGUUGCAUUAAAAAUUGAUUAACGUGUUCAUACUUGAGUUUAUUUGAGUGCGAAAAGAAAGAGGAGCAUAUACGUUGAUUUAAUAUUUCUGUACCGUUGUACUGAAAAUAGUUACAACUAAUGGUUUUUAUAAAACAACAGUAUCCCACGUCCCUCUGAUUGCAGCAGAGGGUAGAGUCACGGCCUAUGGACGUUUCAUUGCGUGGGUUCAGCUGUAAUGGCGCUCAGCACAUGUGAGAAGGGUAACGAUCUUAAUGAUGCAUGCCAUUUUGCUUUCUGUUUUUCCGGUUCAUACAUAUGUUCUCAGUGUAUAUAAGUAUUCGCUAAGUUUUAGAGGGAAGUUGUGGAUCUGCUGUUCCCUCAGACUGGUUUCAGUUCCCAUGUACUUGUCAUGUGCGUAUCUCACCUUCCUGAGUGUGAUUCUCAUGUUUAAAGAUACAUAUUUUUCAUACAGGACGCCCUCUCAAAGCCACUCACUGAAUUCACCUGGUGUUCAACUGGGGAAAAAACAAAUCAACCAGCAGUCUCUUCCAUUGUUUAUAGAAAAACUGGCUCUGUUAGACUUAUUGAAAGAUGCUGUGUGGAUCUCAGGAAAGACUCAUGCCCAAGGGAAUAAUUUUAACGUUGGGCUAUUCCAUCAGUAAGGAAAGCAAAACCAUUCUAGAUAUUUCAAACAGAGAAGGAUUUAAUGUAGAGAUUUAGGUUAUAAAAUUGUUAAACAGGACAAAGGAUGAAAGAGAGGAAGGGUGAAUUACCCAGCAGUGGGAAGUGAGGGGAAGCUGCUGCAGCCCCUGUGUGCCCCAGCUAAUGUGCCCCCGUGCCGCUUCUGCAAACUCUGGGUUGCCUGCUGCUGCUGCUGCCUUUGCAGCUGUGUCCCUUCUCUGCCACACGGCCUCAACAGGUGCCUGUGUCUCCCUGGAACCCAACAGCCUCUGCCUCCCUCCUGCCUUCUAGGCUCUCACAAGUGCCUCCCCUGGGCAGCCCCUUGGCUGAAUCCUGCUGGCAAGAGAAAGCAAGUUUCCAGGCUUCUAACCACAUCCGUACAGGAGAGCAUAGGAGGGAAGGGGUGGGUGAAUGAUAUCCCCUACAGCGAGGUCACCAUCUGUGCCAACAUGCAACUCCCCUGUCUCCUGAGUGUUCUCUCUGAUGUCAUUUAUGUGACAUCAGGACAGGUGGUGGUGGUUAAUUUAUCCAGAAAGCUAGACAUUUUCCCAAACCUGCCAUAACUGGGAAAGGAAGAAUGCAGAGAAACAAGUGUAGGACUCCUUGGUCACCAUUUAUCCCCAGCACUUGUCACAGUGUUUUACAAAUAAUAGACACUCAAUAAAUAUUCAGUAAACAGAUGAAUGUUUUCUUUUUAGCCAGCAUUUCACCUUUCGUCACCUCCCUCUGUCCAAUAGACAUACUAAUCUCCGUGCUGAUAGGAUAUAAAUUGUGCGUUCCUUUUAGAGGACAAUCUGGGAAACUACAUCAGAGCCCGAAGAAUGUACAUCUUCUGUGAUCCAGGAAUUUCACUUCUAGGACCUAAAGAAAUAAUAGAACUAGUGUACAACAGUGACACAUUUAUAAUACGAAAAGUAGAAAAAAUGUAAAUGUACCUUAACAGGAAAUUUGUUAAAUUAUGGUAUAUUCCUAGAAUGGAAUAUUAUGCAGUAAUUAAUAAUGAUAGAUUUGGUUAACAUAAAAAGAGGUAAACAAUAUUAUCAACUGAAAUAUUUCAGAAAAGUAUCUAUAUUUUCUUAGUUUUGUAAAAGUAAAACAGUAAAGGAAAUUGUGUGUAUAUAGAUGCAUUAAAAUGUAUGGAAGAAUUAAACCCAAAAUGUUGGCAGUGGUUCUCUCUGGGCGCUGGGAUUGUGAGUUUAUACAUUAGAACUGCCGAUUGCAAGUGCCAGAAAAUCGGACUCAGAUAGCUCUACGGAAUCCAGGAACUCUCACUACUGGAAGUCAGAGGGAGUGCUCGUUUUAAGUAAGGAUUGAUCCAGCUACUUGGAGUCACCAAAGAUGUGGUUUCUUGCUGAUUCUCUGCUCUCCCUUCUCGAGAGUCCAUUUCAUCUUCAGUCCACACAGGGGGUGCCCCUUGGCCCCGAGGGAUGCCUUGAUGUAGUCACAGAUUGCAGCAAUCCUAUUCCCCAUUCAGAGGAAGAAAGAAGAUCUGUCCCGAAAGCGCUUACUUCAGUCCUGGGUUUUGCUCCUAGUGUCCCAAUUAGAGCUUGUGCCCAACUCUGAAUCAGCACUAUGACCAGGGAGAUAGGAUUGUCUUCAGCCAAUCUGGGCUCAUCUCUGGGGCUGAGAUUUAGCUCAACAUGCCUUGAGCGGCUGAGAGAGUAAAUACACCAGUGGAAAAUCAGGGUCCCAUUAGCAGAAGAGGUGACUGGACUCUGAGGAAGCAACCACGGAUGUGCUUGACAGUGAGUGAUUACCUGUGCUAUGAAUUUUACCCAAUAAACUUGUGUGCUUUGUACAAGUUUUAUUUUUAUAACUUUUCCUCACCUCUAUCUCCAUGCCCUCCCCUCAAAGGAAAGAGUCUACCAUUACAAGCCUUACCUUUGCCAAGCACCCUUUUUACAUAUAAGAAUCCAGGAAUUUGGAAGAAGCAGGGCAGGGUAGACUGUGUAUGUCAAAAGCAGGUCCAGGAGAAGAGAAGGUUGUAAGGGGAAAACAUGAGUUUGGUUUGGGCUCUGCAGACUGCGGUACCGAUGGGGCACAUUUGAAGAGAGCCCCAGCCUGUGGUGUGAAGAGAAUGGACAGAAGAAAAGAAAAAGCUACACUAGAAAUAUGGACUUGUUUGUUAGCUCCAUGAAGGUGAGAGUUGAAGCCAUGAAAUGGACAGCCCCUACUGAGAGUGAGAAGAGGGCAGAAGAGGAAACCUUAUGUAAUGUCUGUACUUGGGAAGAAGUGGAAGAGGAUGAGUAGACUCAGAAAGUUAGCAAAGGUAAAGAGAAAAAGAUACCUACCUCACAAGACCAAGGGACAAAUAAAAUUGUCUUUAAACACC